AUGGAAGUUUCGGUUAACCACGUCGCCAAGACCAAGGAGCGGUCGUGCCUGGGCCGCUGCAAGCAUUUCUUUUGGCUGGGCGUCACCUUCGACACGGUGGGCGCGGCCACGCUGUUCACCGGGGUCUUCUCCCGUUUGCCCUACUAUGACAUGUUCCUCUACCUGGGUGCCAGCAUGAUCUUCCUCAGCCUCCUCUGGUGGACAUUCUGGUACAGCGGUAACAUCGAACUGCCUACUGAAGAGGCCUUGAACAGCCCCUACCGCCUGCCCUCCGCAUCCACGCUGGAAGUCCUGAGCCAGACCAUCAACAACCGCUUCACUUUCACCAUAGGCAGCGUUUCCAACACCUUUAUGCGGAUGCGGCGGCGGCGGCGGCGACGCCAGAGGUUCCUGGAAGGGCAGACAUCUCUGGAUAUGACCGUCACGGGCCAGGUCGAAAACCAGCUAGACCAAGACAAAGACCGGGAGGAAGGGAACGCGGAGAAGGGCGAGGCUCAGGACUUUGGCAGCAAGGAUCUCCCCAAACCCGAAGCUAUCAAAAGUUUUAAGGAAGCUUGCUCCCAGGCGCCCGAUUCUGGUGACCUGGGCCGUGAGGCUAGUCUCCCAAAGUUCGUUAAGGGACCGUCGACCAGUCUGGUGCAGCCAUUCACACCAUCUCCUCUGGACCAGCCUCCAACUCCAGUCAUCCUGACUUCUAAGAGCCUGCCCGUAGUCUCCUUGGCCUCUAUGAGCCAAACUGCCCCUAUUCUGACUUCGAAGAGCCAGCCUGUAGCUGCCUUGGCCUCUACGAGCCAGCCCCUUGCAGUGACUCUUGUCUCUAUGAGCCAACUUGCAGCCCCUUUGGCCUCUACUAGCCAGCCUCCACCUCUCCAGACUUCUAAGAGCCAGUCUCCCCUGGUGCCCAGGGUCUCUCAGAGCUACCCCCUGGUGCUUCCGGCCUCUCAGAGCCAGCUCCCGGUGCCUGUGGCCUCUGAGGGCCACCCCCUGGUGCCUGUGGCUUCUGAGGGCCACCCCCUGGUGCCUAGGGUCUCUCAGGGCCACCCCCUGGUGCCUGUGGCUUCUGAGGGCCACCCCCUGGUGCCUAGGGUCUCUCAGGGCCAGCCCCUGGUGCCUGUGGCUUCUGAGGGCCACGCCCUGGUGCCUGUGAGCUCUCAGCGUCAGCUUCAGAAUCUUUUGGAGGUCUGUCAAACUGGACCACCACCUCUUCAGGCCUCCCAGUCACAGAGUCUGGCCACCAUCUCUCUGCUCCAGGUGCUGCCCACCGAGUCUUUGCAGACCCAGCCUGUGGACCUUCAGGUGGCCCAGGCUAUUCUGGAGCUUCAGACCACGUAUCACACCCAGCAGGCCUCCCAGAGCACCUCUUUAGUCCAGGAAAUUAGACCAAGCCAGCCUCCAUCUGCCCGGGAGUUUCACACAGACCCAGUUGCUCUUGAGACCCCGCCACCAGCGGACCAGGAGCUAACUCAGGACCAUCCGAAUGCUGCGCCCCUGCCUCCUCAGUCUCCAGCUCCACCUGCUCAAGCCCAGCAGUCAGAGCCCUCUGGGCUGGUCCCCACCCUGGUCCAGGAGAGGAAGAGUCGCUCCAUCUAG